AUGACUGAAGAGUUGAGGAACGUUUUAGCUGAGAAAGAAAAGGAAGUCCACCUUCUGAAAGAAUCCCUCGCCUUUAAAACUAAAGAAUUAGAGGAAGGUCAAGACCAGCAUGAAAUAAUAAAGAGACGAGUGAAGGAAGUUGAGGAUGAUAACUCGACUCUCAGAGAAAAGCUGAGGAUCACUGAAGCGGAGAAUGUUAACAUUCAGCAGAUAUUAGGAGAUGAGCUUCAAGCGAUGAAGAACUGGGUGGCCGAACUAGAAAGAGAAAAUGCAAUGAGUAAAGAAGAGUUAGAAGCAAAGGAGCUAGAAAUAAUGUUACUGGAAGAAUCUUUAGAACAGAAGGACACCAUUCUGCAAGAUGCUCUUCAUCACUGGAAAGACACUGAAAAGUUGUUGGAAGGAGCAAAGGAAAAAGAGAAGGAGAUGGAGGCUUCUCUAACGACCUUAGAAGAAGAGCUCCAGAAGAGGAACCUUCAAAUCGAAGAGUUCCUCACAAAAGAAGAACAGUCAAGGUGUGAACAACAAGAAUUCGAGGAUAAACUAGACCUAGCUCUCCAUUAUGCAAUGGAGCUGCAGACGUUGCUAAAGGAAGCAGAAGAAAGGGAGAGGAAAAUCAAAGAAGAUUUAGAAGAACAGAGGAAUAAAAACCAUCUGUUAGCUAAAGAAAAGGAAGAAGAAGAGACUGAAAUAAGAAGGCAACAUCAGGAGAGACUGAGGCAAAAGGAAAAGGAAACAGAGAAGCAGCGUGAACGCCUGGAGGAACUCCAGGAUAACUUGGAAAGCGCUCUGCGUCAAGAACAGAGCCUGGAACGCUUGCUGGAAUCUAAACAAGAAGACCUCAUCUGUUUGAAGAAGAAGGAGAGUAAAGCCCAGCUGGAAGUGCAGCGACUUCUCAAGGACUGCGAUAUGCUGAAAGAAGAGAGUCAGCUACAGGAGCAGAAUAGAAUGAGAGAAGAAAAACGUCUCAGGAAGCAGCUAAGAACACAGGAGGAGGCUUUGAGGGAACAUGACAAAUACAUGUUGAUGAUGUUUCUACAUGGGACUGCUCAGAGGAAUUUCCAGCUAGAACACAUUGCGCUGGAACAUGGAGACGUUAUGAUUGAAGAAGGGAAGAGAGAGAAGUGCACAGGAGGAACAAUAGGAAGGAAAGACACGGGGAGUGAGGAAGACCCCUGUGAGAAGGCCCGUGAGACAGAAGAGAAACAACGUAAGGAGUACUGGUAUGCCCAGCGGGAGAGAAACGAGGAUUACGAGAAACAAUGGGAGGGCCUCAAGCACAUUGUGGAAGAUGUUCUUCACGGAGAUGAAUAA